CAACCUACAAGAACCUCAACACCAGGACUACCGCCUCCGGGGUAUCCAUAUACCCACGUACACGUCUCUUCUCCACCACCAGUGAUAUGCCCGCAGCCAAACCAACACCCGCAGAACCGCGCCCUUCAGCAAGCCUGAUCGUCAUCAACGACAAGAACGAGAUCCUGCUCGUCCAGCGGAACCCCAAGGCGCGCUCGUUCGCAGGCCAGUAUGUCUUCCCGGGCGGGAACUACGACCCCAAGCAGGACACCUCGCUCGCCAUAACCGCCAUCCGCGAGACAUUCGAAGAGUCCGGUCUGCUCCUCGCCAAGUCUGCUGCUGACAGCCCGCCUCUGAGCGACGCCGCCCUCGACGCGGCGCGCACCGCCAUCCACGGCCAGACGCUCGCGUUCCAGACCUUUCUCGCGCAGCACAGCCUCGCCGCGGACGUCAACGCCCUCCUCCCGUUCACCACCUGGGUCACCCCGCCCGCCCAACCACGCCGCUUCCGCACGCAGUUCUUCCUCGCCUUCCUCGCCCCCUCCCCCUCCUCUCCUAGUGCUGGCGCUGGUGCCGGUGCCGCUAACUUCACAUCCGGCACCAAAUCCGACCGCCUCCCAACGCCCGACGGCGGCCAAGAAGUCAUCCUCGCCCAAUUCGUGCACCCCGCCGACGCGAUCGCGCACUUCAAAGCGGGCACAAUCGGCAUGUUCCCGCCGCAGUACUACAUCCUCGACACGCUACGCCCGCUCCUCGCUGGGCGCCGCACCACGGAGGCGCAGCGGCAGCGGCUCGCGGCGCUGUCGCGGAGCGCGUUCGGGGCGCUCGAGAUCAAUCCGAAGGUGACGAUGGUCGAGGGCGGUGACAGGGAGGCGCGCUUUUUCUUGUACGAGGGCGACGAGCUGCGCGGAGGCGCACCAGGGACGAUUCAUCGUGCGGAGUGCAGGCUGAAGAACGGUGUUUUCGCCGACAUCGAGCUCAAGCGGAACUUCGACCUAUUUACCGACAUUGAAUCUGUAAUACCCAAACCAAAAUUGUAAUAUCAUAC